CCCACCUUAGCGGCAGUGAAUGUGAUUUGAAAGGCGAACAGCGGUUGAUUACACAAAUGAAAUAAAAAUGAGACGAGAAAAAAUAUUUUCUUAGUUCUACCAGCGCAGUCACAAAAUACUUUGCGCUUCAUUGUGGACUUCAGAGCGAUAUUGUUUUAUUGCUUAGAAAAAAAUAAAAUUUGUCGAUUGAACGGAAGACGUUUAUCUGAAAUUCAAAGUAAUCAAAUUUUGAAAAUUAUAGGAAAAUUUUCGCCCCAAACGGCGAUAAUUUCAACAAUAAAAAAUUAAUGAAAAUAUAAAAUUUAAAAAUAUUAACGAAAAUUUAGUGUAGCCGCGUUGUAGACUUGAGAAAUAUAAAUUUGAACACAGUCACAAAAUGGUUACCGUUACGGAGGAUACUUUUGGUACAACAAUAAAUCCGCUAACCAAAAAGGAAGUGACUAUCAGACGCUUCACCAUCAGCAAUGAUCGUAGAAUGUCAAUGCAGGUGAUAAACUUUGGCGCCACAAUAACAUCACUGAAAGUGCCCGACUCACACGGUGUGGUGGAUGACAUUACCUUGGGUUUCGAUAAUAUCGAAGGCUAUUUGACCGAGAAUAAUCCGUAUAUCGGGUGCACAGUGGGACGUGUUUGCAGUCGUGUAGGCAAUGGCAAUUUUACGCUUGAUGGCAAAAAGUAUGAGGUUACCAAAAAUUUCUUGGGAAAGCAUAUGUUGCAUGGUGGCACGCAUGGCUUCAGCAAGGUCAUCUGGGAGGUGGACCAAAUACGACCUGAUGGUGUGUCUUUCAAGUUUAUUUCACCAGAUGGCCAUGAGGGCUUUCCCGGUGAAGUAGUGGCCAUAGCUACCUACACCAUCACUGAAGACAAUUGUAUGCGUUUUUGCUUGGAAGCGAACACCACCAAACCAACACCGGUUAAUAUGACCAAUCAUGCAUACUUCAAUUUGGCCGGACAUAAUGCCGGUAAGCAGGGCAUGACAGAGCAUAUUGUUAAAAUCAAAGCCGACUGCAUCACCGAUAUGGAUGAAGACACAGUGCCGAAUGGUGAAUUUAUUAAAUUGGAUAAUCAUCCUUUGGACUUGCGAAAGCUAACAAAUGUUGGCACUGGCUUGAGGAAUAUAUCCAAAAUUGCCAAAGGCUACGACCACAAUUAUGUGCUAAAGUACACGCCCGGUUGCAUAGAAAAGCAAGCAAAGGCUUUUCACCCACCCAGUGGUCGCUGCAUGGAGAUCUCCAGUAAUCAACCUUGUAUGCACUUCUAUACCGCACACAACAUGCCCGAUUUGGAGGGUAAAAAAAAGAAAUCCAACCAACCCAUGAUCAUUGGCAAAGGACACAGUUUGUAUGAGAAGCAUGGCUCGUUCUGCAUGGAAACACAUUGGUAUCCGGACGCAGUGAAUCAUGAAAAUUUUCCUUCCGUCAUAUUGACACCCGGCGAAACAUACCAACACGUAUGCAUAUUCAGAUUUGGCGUCUACGAUCCCAAUUGUGAGAAACAUCGCGAUGUGGUAUGUGACUGAGUCAUAGAAACCGUGCGCUGAGUGCUUAGCAGGUGCUUAGUUCUAUUGAAAAAUAACGCGGCUACCGAAUGCUCAUCGUGUUUGAAUAUAAAAUUGUUAGUAAUUUUCUAAUACAUGAAGAAAUGAAAUUUGGUUCUACAAAGAAUUUGUAUAUCAAAAAAAAAUCAGAAAUCUAUAUUCUGAAAUUAAAAAAAAACUAAUAAACAAUAUUCACCGCAGCGAUUAAA